AUGAACAGCUCAACAAGAUCAACAGGACUCGGUGGUCUUGGAGGAUCCACUUCAGCCAGACCACCAGCCAAUACCACAUUGUCAUCUUUGUUGGCUCAAGCGAAUUCUCUGAACGAAGUUGACUAUGAUUCCGAAUUACCUCAGAUCAGAUUUGGGAUUGAUGAUAUUGAGAGAAUGAGUGAGGCUGUUGCUGGGAGGGGCAAAAAGGGGAGGAAUGAGAAGGGGGAGGGAUUCAACUUACUCUCCAACCUCGGAGUCAACACUUCUCAGCUCACUCACAACAUUGCCCAACUGCCCAACGCUGCCGAGCCUUCCACCCGACCGAGGAGAAGGAGACAACCUCAGCAUCACAGGUUAGAGCCUCUAGGGGAUAUCGGUCCCUCGUAUGGGAUCGGUGAUGGUGAUAUAGGAGCAUGGGGAAGGAAUUGGCAUGAGAUGGUGAUUUUAGGUGGAAUCGAAGUUCAGAGGCAACGAACCAUAAACUCCUUCCAAAAGCAAUUCCAACAACGCAUUCUCCAGAACUGGGAGUUAGAAAAAGCUAGAGUACUACAAGAUGAACUCGGAGUGACGGAUGAGGAAAUCGCUCGUCUUGCGGGAUCAUCAAAUGGUGGUUUGUCCGGAUCAAUUCUGGGUAAAAGUGCUCUGGGAGCAAGCACAAGACGAUUUCCCAUGGCUCAAUCUCAACUGGGUAAAUCCACUACCGAAUCAAGAGAAGGCGGCUUGGUCAUGCAUACCAAGAUGGUCAGGUACGAACGUGUGAUUGGGGAACUCAACCAACGCAGAUUGCGUAAAGAACCUUUUGAGCUUUGUCAAGCUCUAGAAGAGACUGUCAAAGGCGACUCGAAACACCCACUUUUGCCCGCUUCAUAUCACAUACUCGCUCAUCUUACUCAUGAACCUUCUCUGCGCGAUUCGGCGGAUUACGCUUCAACCUCUGCGGAACCUGCUUACGCACCCGGUGAACCCGUCCAGGAAAGACAGUAUGCAACGGCCUACCUAGGUGAUCAACGAUCCAAUCACGCUGCUUUGUUACGAGGAAGAUUGGUCGUCGGUGGGAGGCGAUUCUUGGAGCGAGACUUUGAGCGACAUGUCGAGGAAACUAUUGCUAAGAACCCUAAAGAAGCUGCUUUGGGUGGUGUUCCAGGUAUUAGAAACAAGAUUAGAGCGUUUGUCGACGUCACUUUGAGAUCAAAGGAAUCUAGAGAGGCUUAUAGACCCGAGACGGUCAACGGAUCCCUUCUCUGGGCCCAAUUGUACUACCUGGUCCGAUGUGGCUAUCUUGAUGAAGCUCUCACUUUGAUCGCUGAGAACCAACAACACAUCUCCCGAGACGAUUGGACUUUCCCAGGAGCAUUCAAAACGGCUUCAUCGUCCUCUGAAAGACGGUUACCUAAAUCUCAGCGUGAUCAGCUAUACAACGAUUUCAACGCUCAUAUAAGGAAUAACCCCAAUGUCGAUCAAUUCAAAUAUGCCUUGUACAAGUUGAUAGGCAGAUUCGAACUGAAUAGGAAAUCAGUAAAAGUAGCUUCGACAACUGAAGAUUGGAUGUGGUACCAACUAAGUCUAGUUCGAGAAUCGCAAAAAGACUCGGAUUCACCUCAGGAACAAUAUGAUCUGAUUGAUUUGGGUAAAUUGGUACUCAAGUUUGGAAAUGAUAAGUUCGAUUCGAACGGUACAAAGCCAUUGAGCUGGUUCAACCUGUUGUUGUUCACUGCGCAGUUCGAGAAGGCUAUCGCAUAUUUGUAUUCGAAACCACAACUCAAGACUGAUGCUGUCCACUUUGCCAUCGCACUGGCAUACUACGGUCUAUUACGUGUGCCUUCCAAGGGUGAAGAGGCAGAUCUGUUAAUCACCGACGACUCCGACGUAUCCUACCUCAACUUCCCUCGAUUGAUCAAACAGUACAUCUCGCCCUUCUUCCGAUUAGAACCUCAGACUGCCUUGCAAUACGCCUAUCUGGUGGCAUUGUCGAGCGAUUCACCUAACCCCGCCAUUGGACAGAAACAGAAACAACUAAGUCUGGAAUUAGUCCGAGAUAUCGUCCUUUCUUCUCGAUCGUGGUCCAAACUACUCGGAAGUGUCAGAUCGGAUGGUACGAAGGAAAUAGGAAUUAUCGAGAAAGAUCUGAAACUGUUGAAAUUGGUUGAUGAGCAAGAUUACCUCAAACAGGUGGUUCUCAGCGCAGCUGAACAGUCAUCUUUGGAUUCUUCCCUUAUCGACUCGAUCGAACUAUAUCACCUUGCAGGAUCAUACGAUAAAGUCGUAGAGAACGUUAAUCGAUCUCUUGGACAAUCGUUAGGUCAAUCAUCAAGCGUAGAUGUGGGAUCAACCAACACUGAAGAUACCAUUGGUUUGUCGGGAGCAUUUGGAGGAACCAAUGAUAUUUACACGUUGGCUUUGAAAGUGCACGACGUCUAUGAGAACGAUUUCACAAAGAGGACGAGGGUAUCGAGAUUGCAUUGGGACACUUUGGAGGUAUUGUUGAAAUUGAAAUUGGGUUUGAAACAAUUCAAUGAGAAUAGACCUGAUCUAGCUUUAGAGACUUUCAAGUCCACCCAAUUAUUACCACUCGACGCGGAUUCCUCAUCGAUAUCGAAAUACGCUCAAAACUUCCGUGAUAUCCUUGAUCAACCUGUCAUUUCAAACCUCGACGAAAUCAUCAUAACCACCAUGAAAUGUUUACAUCUCUUAUCGCAAAACUUGAAAAAUUCACCUUAUGGUGAUCAUUCGAGAUUGAUCCAGUUGAACUUGCUCAAACAUCAAUCACAAUGUUUGAUUCAGUUUGCUAGUACACUCAGAUUGAGGUUGGGUUCAGAUGUUUAUAGACAAUUGAGUAGUAUGAGUGAGUGA